AUGCUCUCAGUAAAGGUUGCGCUCCUGGCACUCCUGGUGCCCACCACCCUCGCCGCACCGGCGGGAGUGAUCCGGGAAAUCAGAGUAGACGAAGUCGACGGCGUUGAGCCUCCGUCCCGGAACCCACUCGACCGGGUACACGGGUACCCGGAGGUGCCGAUGGCGUCGAAGCUCAACGCCAAAUCCCCCCCGCACUUGCUAGCCGCAAGGGACACCAUCUACGACCAGAUCCGACAACAGGCACUCAGCGCCAAGACUCGGCAAGACAAACAGCAGCAGGAGGUCGACAAGGCUCAAGAUGCGUACAACAAGGCCGUGGCCAACCCGGCCGCGUCCAGCGCCGACAGGGAAAACGCCCGGCAGAAGCUUAAGCAAGAGCAGGAUACACUGCAACGUAUGAAGGACGAGGAUCGAAAGGAGCGGGCUCGGCUGGAGAAGAUAGAAUGCAAAGAAGAAGGACUGAACCGGGAGCAGACGUGCCUGACGGAGCAAGCAUCCAUUCAGAAUGUUACGCAGGAUGCCGCCAAGCAGGAAUGUCAGCGACAGAACAAACAGGUCGAAGGUGACUGUCGGACCAGGAAGGGAUUGGUCGGAAACAAUAUUCCUCUCGACUUCCCCGUUCCGUCUGCUACUGGUGACACUACCCCUCAGUCUGUGAAUCCAUCGACCAACGGUUCUGCUCCCCAGUCUGUUCAGCCAGAUCCUCAGGCCGUUUCCCCUCAAUCCGUGAAUCCAUCAACCAACAGUUCUGCUCCCCAGCCAGAUCCUCAAGCCGUUUCACCUCAGUCCGUGAAUCCAUCUUCAACCAACACUUCUUCUGUUCCACAGUCUGUUCCUCAGCAAGAUCCUCAGGCUGUUAAUCCUCAGUCUGUUACCCAGCCUCAGCCUCAGGGAAAUAAUCCCCAGACCAUUAAUAUUACUCCUUUAUCCGUUCCUCAGAGCAACCCUCAAACCAAUCCACAGACCAUCAAUAUUACUCCUUUGUCUGUUACUCAACCUCAGCCUCAGACAGAUCCCCAGACCAUUAAUGUUACGCCCCUGUCUGUCACUCAACCUCAGCCUCAGACAGAUCCUCAGACCAUCAAUAUUACCCCUCUGUCCGUUCCUCAGAGCAACCCUCAGGACGUUACUCCUCUGAGCAUCACCGUCCCUCAAACUCAAUCAUCCGGGGGGACUCCAGUCAUUGUCAAUCCUGCAAAUCAGGGGACGGACUCGAAUCCAAUCAUCAUAAACAACCCCGCACAGGUUGCUCCUCAGUCCGCAACCACUCCGAUAAUCGUCACGACGCAGGAUGGAGAAACUGCCCAGCAGAGAGCGGACAGAUUAGCUAGAGAACAGGCAGCCAGAGACCAGGCAGCCAGAGACCAGGCAGCCAGAGAUCAGGCGUCUAGGGAUCAGGCGUCUAGGGAUCAGGCGUCUAGGGAUCAGGCGAUUAGAGAUCAGGCGGCUAGGGAUCAGGCGGCUAAGGAUGCUGCCAGGCAAGGAGGUUCCCGACAAGUCCCAAAUCCUCAGACCACAAACCAGAACGGCGGAACUCGAGGCCCGAACGGUGGGACAAACCAGAACGGCGGGAUAAACCAGAACGGCGGAACUAGAAAUCCAAAUGGCGGGACAAACCAGAAUGGCGGGACAAACCAGAACGGCGGAACUAGAAAUCCGAAUGGCGGGACAAACCAGAACGGCGGAACUCGAGGCCCGAACGGCGGAACAAACCAGAACGGCGGAACUCGAGGCCCGAAUGGCGGAACAAACCAGAACGGCGGAACUCGAGGCCCGAACGGCGGGACAAACCAGAAUGGCGGAAUUAGAAACCCGAACGGCGGGACAAAUCAAAACGGCGGAACUCGAGGUCCGAAUGGCGGGACAAACCAGAACGGCGGAACUAGAAAUCCGAAUGGUGGAAGGCCUCAAACCACAGGCCCAAGUACCGGAACCACAACCCAGAGCGGCGGAACUCGAGGCCCGAACGGCGGAACAAACCAGAACGGCGGAACCAGAAAUCCGAAUGGCGGGACAAACCAGAAUGGCGGAACUAGAAACCCGAAUGGUGGAAGGCCUCAAACCACAAGCCCGAAUACCGGAACCACAAAUCAGAACGGCGGAAGGACUCAGACAAAUGCAAACGGCGGAAGGCCUCAGACAAAUGCAAAUGGCGGAAGGCCCCAAGCCACAAACCCCAACGCUGUAAGGCCUCAAACUACAAGCCCAAACGCCGUUAGACCACAAACAAACCAAAACGCCGGAAGGGCUCAAACUAACCAAAACGCCGGAAGGCCUCAAACCACAAGCCCAAACGCCGUCAGACCACAGAACAGCCAAAACGCCGGGAGGGCUCAAACUAACCAAAACGCCGGAAGGCCUCAAACAAACCCGAACGCCGUCAGGCCACAGACCAGCCAAAAUGCCGGAAGACCCCAGACCACAAACCCCAACGCCGGAAGGGUUAGCCAGGGUACAAGGCCUCAAAGCCAAAAUCCAAGGACUCGGCAGACUCAGGACACAAGGCCUAAGACCACAAGCCCGAACGGCGGAAGGCCCCAGACCACAAACCCCAACGCCGUUAAACCACAAACCAGCCAGAACGCCGGGAGGGUUCAGACUAGCCAGAACGCCGGAAGGCCUCAGACCACAAGCCCGAAUGCCGGAACCACAAAUCAGAAGGGCGGAAGGCCUCAGACAAAUCCAAACGGCGGAAGGCCCCAGACCACAAAUCCCAACACCGGAAGGGUUAGCCAGAGUACAAGGCCUCAAAGCCAAGAUCCAAAGACUCGGCAGACUCAGGAAACAAGACCUCAGCCGAAUCAGAACCCGAAGCAGCCGUCAUCCCCUGGGUCUACUCAGCAGAACCAAAGGCAGCAACCAUCUUCUAAGAUCCAACAGUCUCCACAGCCUCAGAAGAACUCAAGGUCCAACAACGUACGGCCGCAGAGCAGGCAGUAA